AUGACGUCUCCAGUGCCGCCAGUUCUGGUAAUACCAGCGUCGUCGUCCUCAUCCAACACCAUCUCAAUCUCACCGUAUCCAUCCGAGCCGAGCACAAGUGUCGACGACGACGUCGGCGCUUCCGAGUACUCGCUCAUCGUGCUCUUCUCGACGCUCUCGAUCAUCGGCAUCGUCGGCAAUCUGCUAGUGAUCACCGUCGUGUUGAAAGUGCGCGGAAUGAAAACGCCGACCAACUGCUAUUUGGUGUCGUUGGCCGCCAGCGACACGCUGUUCUUCAUCGCCUCGAUGCCGCACGAGGUGAUGUAUUUGAUUGGUCCCACCGACAACUAUCUCUUCGGCACCGUCGGAUGCGCCCUUCUCACCUAUUUGCCCUAUUUGGCGAUGAACACCAGCAGCCUAUCGAUCACCGCGUUCACCGUCGAGCGAUUCAUCGGCAUCUGCUAUCCAUAUAGGGCCAGAACGAUGUGCACAGUGAAGCGCGCCAAAUCGAUCAUCAGCAUUCUGUGGAUCGUCUCGAUCGUCUACCACUCGCAAUGGCUGUUCCUGGCGGCCGUCGUCCACGACGACGUCGGCACAAUGUGCAGUUUUCGUCUGAAACGCAACGACACGAGCUACAAGAUCGUGUUCCUCGCCGACUUUCUGUUCCUCUACGUCGUGCCGAUGCUUCUCGACAUCAUCAUCUACGUGAAAAUCGGCGUGACGUUGACGCGAUGCGGCGACAAAAUCAAACAGUCGGUGAAGCCGAAAGUGUCGAGCGACGUCGUCGACGAGACGACGACGGCGCGCGAAUCGCACGUGUCCGGCAAACGGACGACGACGAAAGGCCGCCAUCAGGUCGUCAAGAUGUUGGCGUUGGUCGUCGCCGUGUUCGCCGUCUGCUGGCUGCCCUAUCGCGCCAUGGUCAUGUACAAUUCGUUCGUCUCCGAUCCCAAAUAUCAUUGGAGUCCCGAUUGGUACAUCAAUCUGUCGAAGACGCUCAUUUUCGUCAAUUGCGCCAUCAAUCCGAUUUUGUACAAUUUGAUGUCGGCGCGAUUUCGCGACGCGUUUCGAACGCUUCUCUCGAAUCGCAAAACCGUCGCCUAUCAUACGACCGCCAUUCAACCGCCACGCACCCGCAACAACACCAACACCGAGUGCGUUUCAAUCGACAAUCAACGCCAACCUCUCAAUUCGCCAAUUCUGUGA